AAACAAGCUGGCCUCAUCGCGUUCACUCGGCUCCUCAGAAUCUUCUUCCAUUUCCGUCUCUGACUCUCCUCUUCUACAUCUCUUGCUCUGAGUAGAAUUUUAUAAACUUCGAUCAGAUCGAUCUCUAAACAGGCAUACUUGUAUUUUCAUCCAUGACGCUUGGCUCAGGAGGAUCGAGUGUCGUGGUCCCUCGAAACUUCAGAUUGCUUGAGGAACUUGAACGUGGAGAGAAGGGUAUUGGAGAUGGCACUGUGAGCUAUGGAAUGGAUGAUGGAGAUGACAUUUACAUGCGCUCUUGGACAGGCACCAUAAUUGGUCCGCAUAACUCUGUUCAUGAAGGUCGCAUUUAUCAGUUGAAGUUAUUCUGUGACAAAGAUUAUCCAGAGAAGCCACCAAGUGUUCGGUUCCAUUCUCGAAUUAACAUGACCUGUGUCAACCAUGAAACUGGAGUGGUGGAAUCGAAGAAGUUUGGAAUUCUGGCAAAUUGGCAGCGAGAGUACACCAUGGAAGAUAUACUGACACAGUUGAAGAAGGAGAUGGCAGCCCCACAAAACCGUAAGCUGGUUCAGCCUCCUGAAGGGACUUAUUUCUAGUUUAAGGACUAUUAUAAGAUUUUAAUGGACGAUUUUGCAUUAUACUAUAUGCAUAUCCAUGGUUUGUAAUGCCGUGUUGAAACUCGAAACCAUAUGGAAGCUAAAAAUCUACAGGGGAAUGCCUCAACAAGCUCUCUCCCGUUAACCCCCUUCAUAGCUUCUCAAUCUUUGUUGUCCUCCUUGUCUUAUGUUAUUAAACUGUGCUGCGGGGAUGCUGCUGUUUGAUUAAUGGGACUCUUCUUCUGUGUCAAAUAUUGAAUAUAUUUAUCUUUUUAAUGGGCGUAUUAGUAUUAUUUUUGCA